UGCGUACUAGCUACCGAAACUGACAGGGCGAUGCUGAGCUGCAUUCCCAUCGUUAUACGAGGCGAGGAGGACGUAUCCCCAGGACGUUAACAGCGCCAGAACCCCACAAAAUCCAGGAACAUUGUAAAAUAACCGCAGGAGAACUCAAUCACUACCAUCAUGUCGGCUGGAGGUGACUUGGGGAACCCUCUGAGGAAAUUUAAGCUGGUGUUUCUAGGAGAGCAGAGCGUGGGGAAGACCUCUCUGAUCACCAGGUUCAUGUAUGACAGCUUUGACAACACGUAUCAGGCCACAAUUGGUAUUGACUUCUUAUCGAAGACGAUGUACCUGGAGGACCGAACAGUAAGGCUGCAGCUGUGGGAUACUGCAGGACAGGAACGGUUCAGGAGCCUCAUCCCGAGCUACAUCCGAGACUCAACAGUGGCUGUGGUCGUGUACGACAUCACCAACGUGAACUCCUUCCGGCAGACCUUUAAAUGGAUCGACGACGUGAGGACUGAGAGGGGCUCUGACGUCAUCAUCAUGCUGGUGGGCAACAAGACAGAUCUGGAGGAGAAGAGGCAGAUCACCAUCGAGGAGGGGGAGCAGAGAGCGAAAGAACUCAAAGUCAUGUUCAUUGAGACCAGCGCAAAGACAGGCUGCAAUGUAAAACAGCUGUUUCGCCGCGUUGCUGCCGCCCUACCUGGAAUGGAAAGCUUGGACGAUGCCAACCCCGAAGGCAUGAUUGACAUCAAGCUGGACAAACCAGCAGAGCCGACCGUCCCCGAGGGCGGGUGCUCAUGUUAGUGCAGAGCUGCUGAUUGCACAGCUCCCCCUCACACCAUAGGCUUGUUGUGUUGCUUACUACUGGUUAGCUGCCAGUCAAAUUCUCUAAUUGGAUAUGGGAUCCGGGCCUUGUGUCUGA